AUGCUUUUCUUUCUUUUUCAUUCCUUCCGUUUAUUUAUUCCUUUCUGUUUUCAUCCUUUUCUUUCAUUUUUUAUUUUUCCUUCUUUCCUUCCUUCCUUCCUUCCUUCUUCCUUCCUUCCUUCCUACAUUUCUUUCCUCCUUCCUUCCUUCCUUCCUUCCUUCCUUCCUUCCUUCCUUCUUUAUUUCUUCCUUCCUUCCUUCCUUGCUUCCUUACAUUUCUUUCUUCUUUCUUCCAUCCUUCCUUCCUUCCUUCCUUCCUCCUUUCUUACAUUUCUUUCUCCUUCCUUCCUUCUUUCAUUUCUUUUUUACAUUUCUUUCCUUUUUUUCCUUCCUUCUUCCUUCCUUCCUUCCUUCCUUACUUCCUUUUCUUCUUCCUUCCUUCCUUCGUUCUUCCUUUCUUACAUCUUUCUUUCCUUCCUUCCUUCCUUCCUUCCUUCCUCCUUUCUUACAUUUCUUUCUCCUUCCUUCCUUCCUUCCUUCCUUCCUUCCUUCCUUCCUUCCUUCCUUCCUUACAUUUCUUUUUCUUUCUUCCUUCCUUCCUUCUUCUUUCUUUUUCUUUUCUUCCUUCUUCCUUCCUUCCUUCAUUUCUUUUUUCCUUCUUCUUUUUCUUUUCUUCUUUCUUCCUUCUUCCUUCCUCCAUUUCUUUCUUCUUCCUUCCUUCCUUCCUUUCCUUUCUUACAUUUCUUUCUCCUUCCUUCCUUCUUACAUUUCUUUCUUCUUCCUUCCUUCUUUCCUUCCUUCCUUACAUUUCUUUUUUCUUUCUUCCUUCCUUCUUUACAUUUCUUUCUCCUUCCUUCCUUCCUUCCUUCUUCCUUCCUUCCUUCCUUCCUUCCUUCCUCCUUUCUUACAUUUCUUUCUCCUUCCUUCCUUCCUUCUUACAUUUCUUUCUUCUUCCUUCCUUCCUCCUUUCUUACAUUUCUUUCUCCUUCCUUCCUUCCUUCUUACAUUUCUUUCUUUUCCUUCCUUCCUUCCUUCCUUCCUUCCUCCUUUCUUACAUUUCUUUCUCCUUCCUUCCUUCCUUCCUUACUUCCUUCCUUCCUUCCUUCCUUUCUUACAUUGCUUUCUUCUUUCUUUCUUUCUUCCUACCUUCCUUCCAUUUCUUCCAUCCUUUUAUUCUUUUCUUCUUUUUCAUUCAUUCCAUUUCUUCCUUACUUCCUUCCUGUUUUCAUCUUUUUCUUUCAUUUCUUUAUUUUUCAUAUCUCCCUUUCUUUUUUCAUUUAUUUUUCCUUCCCUUCCUGUUUUUAUUCUUUCUUUCGUUUCUUUAUUUUUCAUUUCUUCCUUCCUUUUCUUUCAUUCCUUAAUUCCUUUUAUUCUUUUCUUCUCUUUUCCUUCCUUCGAUUUCUUUCUUCCUUCCUUAUUUUUCUUUCCUUCUUUCCUUUUCUUCUCUUUUCCUUCCUUCGAUUUCUUUCUUCCUUUCUUUCUGUUUUCAUCUAUUUAUUUCAUUUCUUUAUUCUUAAUUUCUUCCUCUCUUUUCUUUCAUUCCUUAAUCCCUUUAAUUCUUUUCUUCUCUUUUUAUUCCUUUCAUUUCUUCCUUCCUUUUAUCUUUUUCUUCUUUUUUCAUUCCUUACAUUUCUUUCUUCCUUCAUUUUCUUUCAUUCCUUUUAUUUUUCAUUUCUCUUCCUUCCGUUUGUUUCUUCCUUUUCUUUUUUUUUUCUCUUUCAAAUGGCAUUUAAAAAAUUCGCCCUUUUCCCUCACAAACUUUUUUUUUUCUUAUUUCAUCUCCCCUUCCUUCCCUCCAUAACACAUUAUCACUUUCCUCAUCAUCUAACGAGAUCUUUCUACCUUGUUCUGUUUCUUUCUAUCUAUCUAUCUAUCUAUCUAUCUAUCUAUCUAUGUCUGUUUCUAACUCCGUCUGUUCCUAUCUAUCUAAGUUCGUCUGUUCAUAUCUAUCUAUCUAUCUAUCUAUCUAUCUAUCUAUCUAUCUAUCUAUCUAACACCGUCUUCCGUCUACUUCUAUCUAUCUAUCUAUCUAUCUAUCUAUCUAUCUAUCUAUCUAUCUACGCCUGUUUCUAUCUAUCUGCUUCUAUCUAUCUAAAUCGUCUGUUCUAUCUAUCUAUCUAUCUAUCUAUCGCCUCAUUAUCUAUCUAUCUAACACUGUCUAUUCCUAUCUAUCUAACUCCCGCCAGUUUCUAUCUAAGUCCGUCUACUUCUAUCUAUCUAUCUAUCUAUCUAUCUAUCUAUCUAUCUAUCUAUCUAUCUAUCUAUCUAUCGACGUCUAUCUCCGUCUGUUCCUAUCUAUCUAAAUUCGUCUGUUCAUUAUCUAUAUCUAUCUAUCUAUCUAUCUAUCUAUCUAUCUAUCUAUCUAUCUAG